AUGGAGAAACUGGCUCGUCUGUCUCUGGCAGCCGGGUGCAUUUCCGACAGCGAUCGGUCCUACGUGCUGGACGUGGCGCUGCCUCCCUCAAGCGGGGUGGGGGUGGCAGCCUCGCGCUGCGACCGCUCGCUGCGAUUGCACGACGAGGCCACGCUGCGUCCCGUUGGCGAGUAUCGCGGUCACACCGGGCGCGUGUGCGGCCUGACCUUCGCUCGCACACGGUCCGGCCUCCUCUACUCGGCGUCAGCUGACGGGACCGUCCGCGGUUGGGAUGUCCGCCGCCCGGGGACGGACACUGCCCAGCUAUUCCGCGGCGACCCGUCGCACGUCUUCUGCAGCUUCGACCUGAGCUGUGGCGACGCGCUGCUCUGCGCCGGCACCUCGCUGGAGGGUGGAGACAGCUUCUUGGUGUUCUGGGAUAGCAGGAAGGCCGGCUCGGCGCCGCUGGGUGUCUAUUCAGAGUCGCACGGUGACGAUGUCACGCAGGUGCGCUUCCACCCAUGCAACAAGGACCGGCUGGCGUCAGGCGGAACCGACGGCCUGGUCAACGUCUUCGACCUGCGCCGGGGCUCUGAGGAGGAGGCGCUGCUACGCACGUGCGACGCCGGGUCCUCGGUAGCCACCGUAUGCUGGGGCGGCGAGGGAGGACUGCGCCUGCUGUGUCUCACGCACGACGAGGGUGUGCGCCUGUGGGACCUGGACUUGGAACAACCGCACGCCAUCUUGGACUGCCCUGACGCGCGCCGCCUGACUGUGACGUCAGACAGUGGGGGCCCCGACUACCUGCUGGGUGGCGCCCGGCUGGAGGGGCGGGCUCAGCUGCUGGUGGCGGGCGGGGACCGGGACGGCAGCGUCCUGCUGAUGGAGUGCGACGUCAACGGGCUCAGGCAUCUGGGGACUCUGCGUGGGGGGCACGCCGCCACCGUCAGGUGCUUCGCCUGGGAUGAGGGCCGGGGGGCACUCUUCACCGGCGGGGAGGAUGCACGCCUCUCGCUGUGGAAAGCGGAGGGCGGCAAAAGUUCUGCCUUCAAACUCAAAUCCGCAGUGGCCGCCCGUCCCUCUUCUGGCCUUUCUGUCUUGGUUUGUUCCCCGCUGGCAAGCCGACUCCGAGGUCUAGUCGAGGCGACGGCGUCAGUGCCCGGCCCCGCCCGAGUGUCUGACAGACGUGUUUUCCAGUCCAAUGGCGAGGACGCUGGUCGCCGGCCGGAGCCAAUGAGCACGGCGCAACGCCUCCUUUGCUCCCCCUGCCGAGCAAGUGACAAGAAGCAGCAGCAGCGAGCAACCCGGAUUGGAGUACAGAACACCCGCAGCCGGACACGGGCAUCCGCAGCGCCGCCGUCACGAUUUUGGGAACCCAAACCAAGGGAAAGGGGGAAUGGAAUAGCGCUCCCUGGCCUUCCUUCUUGA